AUGGCAACCUCGACACGCGAGGAACCUUCACACGAUAUUCGAACAUUGGGAAUGUGUUGUGAGAACGACCAUAUCUACGACAACAGUAACAGCGAAUUUGCUGGUGAGAAUGUGCAGGCUCUUCUUGACUUACAUGAACCCAAAACGGAAUGGAAAGACUGUUUGACUAGCUUAGGUGGCUUGGGAAAAUCACAAGUGUCGCUUCGACAGGUUCCAGGCCCUAUGGAUUUUUCCUGCAUGGUUUUUGCAUGGGUUCUCUGCAGCGUUGGCCCGGUGGACAGAUUCUCUAAUUCUGUAUCGCUGGGAAUAUCCACUGAACACAACACAAACGUGAUCCCUCGGAUACUAAUCUGCAAGAGACAAUUCUACAGCACUAUGUUGAUCGGCGCCGACCACAUCUCGGAGGUGAUCUCUCUUUCAAGGAUCUACACGGGGGAGUUCUGCGAGGCUAUGUCAUUCGAAAUCUUUGAUGAACACAUCUCACAGGAGGUCAUUCCUCUGGGGCUAAUCUACAGGGAGAAAUUCUACGAAACUAUGUCCUUCGAAAUCUCUGAAAACAACUCAAAGGAGGUGAUCCCUCUGUCAGGAAUGCGCUGUGUCGGUGGCUUACUAUGUCAACAUGGUAACCAAAGAGAAUACCAUCUUAAGUGGAACAGAGACGACGACGCGCAACUUGCUUCGUUGCGCAAGAACAAACACCCGGACGAUGACGACGAUGAUGAACUCCCGGGCGAACAAGGCACACUGCACCUUCCAUCGAUGCGUGGACCAAUCCGGGAUCAGUCGUCCACUGCGCAUGACUACCGCCGCACGAGUCUCGGAGUCGACAUUGUCCAUGUGGAGGGCAGUGAUAGCACGUACUUGCAAUGCUGA